AUGCAGGCUCCAGCGGUGGCCCGGCACGGGCUGGCCGCUGCCACCACCACCACCCAGGCGCAGGAGGUCAUCGGCGCGCUCGCGCUCGACGCCGGCAGCGCGGCGGCGCUCCAGGGCGCGCUCAAGCCCCUCUUCACCCUCUACAUCCUCUUCUUCAUCGCCCGCAUCGUCAUGACGUGGGACCCCAAGAUCGACGGCCGCGCGGGCCUGUGGCGCAUCGCGUACGUCCCCACGGAGCCCAUCCUCGGGCCGACGCGCAAGGUGCUGCCGCCGCUGUCGGGGGUGGACAUUUCGCCCAUCGUGUGGGUGGCGCUCGUGAGCUUCAUCAACGAGAUCACGUGCGGGCCGCAGGGCAUCCUCUCGAUCAUCCAGGUGCAGGGCGGCACCUGA